CUAAGCUAGCUUGGCCUCCGUGAGCACGCGAGGCAGCGAUGGCACGCGCGCGGAUCGUCUUUGUCCGCGCGAUCAGACUACAGUUUAUUUGGUUUCUGCGCUGCCAGCUCGCUGACUCGUGUGCCUCGGGGGAGCAGAGAACCAGCUCCGAGACGUCCGUGCUCUGCAGAGCCUGCGGACAUGAGCUGGCCUCCGGGGCCGACAUCGCCUUCGUCCCCAGCCGGCUGGCCCUGUCCACGCGCAACGACACGCUGGUUAAUGGGCGACGAGUGAACGUGCAGCUCUUUGAGAACCCCCACGGAGUCCAGUUUGAAGUAGUGACAUUCAGGAAGGCAGACGUUACCAAACACUGGCCGGCGGACAAGCGCUUCUCCUGGUACCCCGGGUUCUCGUGGACUGUUGCCACAUGCCCCAGAUGCAGGUCUCAUGUAGGCUGGGCGUUCCAACCCACGGAAUGGACAGACACAAUCACAAAACACAAGUUUGAGGAGUCUGGGAACACUUUCGUGGCUUUAAUCACCCAUCAGAUACUGACGGAAGACUUUGCCUCAAGCCUCCUCAUGACACCCAAGUCUUUUGUGAGCUGACGUAUCCAAUUUUGACUCGGCAGGAACUUUGUACAUUCAUUUAGUUUGACCACUAUGAACAUUUGGCUUUCAGUAUAAAAAUGUUCGCCUGGAAUGUGAAACAGGUAGCCCAAAAUACCAUCCAUUACAACCCAUGAAGCAGUGGGGGCCCAAAAUGUACACCAUUUUUGUUCAGUUUUGUUCUUUAUUAAAAAUGUCAUUUCAAAUCUUGUGGAUAUCCGUAAAACAAUACAAUGAAGAAAAAAAAAAAAAUCCCAUAGAAAUGGUGUCAAAAUAACCACUCUCCCCAAUUACUCUUGCCCCUCCCCAACUUAUCCCACCCCUUGAACAUUACAAAUAAAGGAAUGAGCUGGUACUCGUCAAACCACACAGGGAGAAAUACAAUUUCAAGGACGCAGUGUCCCACUUAAGAAAAAAAAGGAAUAGAGGUCUGCUAGCGCUAGAUCACUACACCAUGGCUUGAGCUGAUUUACCAGACAACCUUGACAGGGAGAAACGGAACUGUCUUGAAACUCUACUCAAGAUUCUGAACUGAUUCUUUUUUAGACUUUUAUUUUUUUUUUAGAUCAAGUCAGGUAUUGUACUCACAAUUCAGGGCAUUGUGCCACAGGCCUUUGAUGAAUAAAAGGAAAACAUAACAUGGCACCAAUUAAUGAUGACGCUUCAGAGUGGAAAGUGAAGCACCAACGAAUAUAAAAUAAAAAUAAAAAAAAAUUGCUCCCGAGUACAACUGGGAAAAAGGAAAAAAAAAAAAA